GCGAAUGAAUUCAAGAAUCGAGCCCUAAUGUUAAACAAGGAUAAAAUGAUAGCUGGGAACAUUCGAGUGAUAUUUCUGAACGCAGCUUGGAAUUGGCACAUUGAUGCAUCUGGCAACUUUGCUGUUCUCGUAGCACUCGUAGGCUAGUUUGAGUCAGCCGAGGUAAGUGGUGUACGUCGUAGGGUGAAAACAGCUCCGAGAAUGUCCAAGAAGCAGGACAAAGUGGACAACAGCAUCGUCUCCGUGAAGAGCAAAUUCGAUGCCGACAUCAUCAGAUUCUCCAUGAAUCGUAAUGAGCCCAUGAGUUACGAGGACUUCGGAAAGCUGCUGGCGCAACGGCAUGAUUUGGGGGAAGACUUUAACUUCUCGAUUUGGUAUACGGACACCGAUGGUGAUCCACUUCCCAUCAAUAAUGACAACAAUCUGGCCAGGGCCCUGGCGAAUGCCAAGUGCCUGCUCCGAAUUUUUAUACAUAGGAAAGGUGACGGAGCAUGGGACAAUGGAUAUGGCACGAUGAAGCCUAAGAACUUGAUAUCCAGUAUCUUGGGUGGUACACCGGGAAAGCCAAAAUCUAUAGUUAUCUCGAAUCCACAUGAUUUUAGACAGGUAUCCGCAAUCAUUGAUGUCGACAUACUGCCAGAGACCUGUCGGCGUGUGCGCCUAUUGAAACAUGGAUCUGACAAACCCUUAGGAUUUUACAUUAAGGAUGGCGAAAGCUUUCGCAUAUUGCCACCGUCUGCUGGUGGAGGAAUUGAGAAAGUUCCCGGUGUGUUCAUUAGUAGAUUGGUACCGGGUGGCUUGGCGGAGAGUACAGGACUUCUUGCAGUCAACGACGAGGUUCUGGAAGUGAACGGUAUAGAAGUUGCAGGCAAAACGUUAGAUCAGGUGACAGAUAUGAUGAUAGCGAAUUCUUCCAAUCUCAUCAUAACCGUUAAGCCGGCGAAUCAGAGAGCGGCGUUGACGGCACCUCGCCGUGGUUCGUUUUCACGUAACAGCCAGUUAUCGUCGGGAAGUCGUCAGUCCACGCAGAGUGCUGGUAGUGAUGAAGAAGCGGACGAAAUUGUCGAUCUUACGGGAAUGACAAUGCAGGACGACGCCUCGGCGUCGUCAACUCAACACCAUCACUAUCACCAUCACCAUCAUCAUCAAAAUUAUGAUCAGGGUGUAUUGCACUUGUAGAGUAACGCGUUUCUUGUAUCUACAAACUUUAGAAUAGCAGUGGACUACUGCUUAUGAAGUAUUAAAGUAGAACGCUUCCUUGGCCCCGAGAAAGCUUCUGUCUUAACUUGGAAUUAAUAAAGUAUGGUACCGUAGAUCUUAAACAUCAAGGUACUAACAUAAAAAGAUGAGAAAAAGAAUCGCGAAAGAAAGACAAUUUCUGCACAGUAUUAUGAAUUAUAUGCGACCGAUAUUCCUUGAGAUGAUACUUUCCGAAUUCUAAGAUUAAAGAAAACCGCUCGUAUUUCGAUACUUCGUAACUGGUCGUUCACUGUUCUGGGACGUCGUGUAUUAGGCUACACUGUGAAAAGAGAAAAUAUCAAUGUGUAAAUUUCGCUGCCUAACAAAUAAUGUUCCAAAAGCAAAAGUGGCCUUACAUGAUAUAUCAUUCCAGCUAGUUUUACAAAAUGAUAGAAAGAGUAAAAAACAAGUGUUCCCUUAUAAUGCAACAGAGUCACACGCCUAUUCGUGUAUCUACUUCGUCCACUCCACCGCAUGUUUAGAUUGUUGAAGUUUUCGAAGUUUAAUUUCAUUUUUAUCUAUGUUGUCUGUUAUAUCCAAUUGCGGACUAAGGAUUGAAGGGUAAUGCUUUUUAGGGCGGUAAGAAUUGAUGGAAACGUGAAGAAUAUACGAUCAUACUUUCGCAUGUAAAAUAUCGUUUUUUGGGUGCCUUCAUCCAAGUGGAAUCAAAUUGUUAGGAAAUAUUACAUUCCAAUUAUAUCUACAUCAUUGAAAAGAAUGAAGAGGGAGAGGUAGCGAGAAAUACCGUUUCUAAGAGAUCUAUACUGCCUUCGUAGUUGACACGAGUCCAUUUUUAUAUAUGCUCAAGCCCACUUUUCUACUUAAUUCGAAAAGACGUGUACAUAUAUAAAUAUAUACAAAGAUAUAUAUAUUUAUAAUAAUCUAGAUAUUUUUCUAUUGUAUUCUUUUCGUAAUCGCAAAUCUAUCACUUGGACUUCCACAAUAAGUGUUGUUUUCAAUGGGCAAUAUUGUUCCAUUGCCAAAUUAUCAAUUGCAUCAAUUGCAUUAUCAAUUCCAUGAUCGCUUAUAUAAUUUUUUCAAACUCUGAGAUUCUCAUCUUAGGCCAUCUUAGAAUGUCCAUGCAUCAUGAAAUGUAUAGUAUCUAAAAGAGGAUUUUUUUUCUUUUUUUAAUAUAGCAGGUGAGUCCAAGAGAAAGAGAGAGAAAGAGAGAGAGAGAGAGAGUGUGUGUGUGUGUGUGUGUGUAUUUAAAUAAAAAAAUAAAAUAAAAGAUUAAUAUCAUUGUUAAGAAGAACACAUUUUAAGUUUAAUCUGUAUUUCAUCGCUCGAAGCGAGAAAUCACUUUUGUACUUAACCAAAUAGAGUAUGGAUUAGACGCGUUUGCAAGAAGUACUUAAUCGUCUGUACUUUAUCGAGCCGUAGUUGUUACUUGUGAAAGGAGUGCGUUAAUUAGCAUUAAUUCGCGAAAUGAAAUUAGAUAUAUUUUUAACGCGGUACGUCGCAUUAUAUUCUUUAGUACGGAUAAGCGGUAGUUAAUAAAUUGCGAGAGAACGAAGAUACUUAUUAACGCUGUAAUUCUUUUUAACGGCAGCUUACACGAAAUAAAGAUAUUUUAUUGUA